AUAGUCUUAAAAAAUAAAAUAUCUAUUAAAUAGAAGAAAAUGUAUCUAUUAACAACUUUGAUAUUAAACAUGUAAUUGGUAAAGGAGGUUUUGGGAAAGUUUAUAAAGUAGUAUAUAAAAAAACUAAACAAUUAUAUGCAUUAAAAGAAAUGUAAAAAGCAAAAAUAAUGGCAAAGAAAAGUGUUUUAUCAAUCCUAAAUGAAAGAUAACUUCUAUCAUCUUUUAAUCAUCCUUUUCUAAUAAAUAUGAUAUAUGCAUUUUAAGAUUAUUAAAAUUUGUACUUAAUAAUGGAUUUAUUAUCAGGGGGAGACUUAAGAUUUCAUAUAUGCUAAAAUCGUAAAUUUACUGAAAAAUAAACAUAGUUUUUUGCAGCAAGUAUUAUAAUAGGCCUUGAAUAUUUACAUUAGAAUGGAAUAAUACAUAGAGACAUUAAACCCGAAAACUUAGUAUUUGACAACAAAGGAUAUAUAAGAAUAACUGAUUUAGGUAUAGCUAGAAUAUGGAAACCUUAAAAUAGUUAAGAUACAAGUGGAACUCCUGGAUAUAUGGCCCCAGAAGUAAUGUGUAGAAACAAUCAUGGAAUAGCAGCUGAUUAUUACGCUUUAGGUGUAAUAGUAUUUGAAUGUAUGAUGGGAAAAAGACCUUAUGUAGGAAAAUCACGUUAAGAAAUAAGAGAUUAAAUAUUGGCAAAAUAAGUUUAAUUGAAAAAAUAAGAUAUUCCUAAAAAUUGGUCAUUAGAAGCAGCUGAUUUUAUUAACAGAACAAUUUAAAGAAAACCUUAAAAUAGAUUAGGGUUAAAUGGACCUGAUGAAAUUAAAAAACAUGCUUGGUUUAAUAAUUAUCCAUGGGAAAAACAUCUAAGUAAAGAAUUAGCACCACCUUUUUUACCUUCACAAACAGAUAAUAACUUUCAGAUUUUCAAUAAUAAAUAAGAAAGUAAAGAAGAUCUCAUUAUAUAAAAUGAGUUAGAAUUAAGAAAAAAUAGUAUUUAAGAUUUGUUUCAAGGAUAUGAUUUUGAUAGAACUUCUAAUAUUAAAUAAUAAUUUUAAAGCAAUAUUUCAAAUUUCAAUAUUUAAAAAGAUUCUUCAACAUAAAUAUAAAAUAAAAUUAAUAAUAGAGAUUUUUCUAAUUAAUAAGUUGUUAGGAAUUUAUAGCUUAUAAAAUGAAAAAAAUAAAAAUAUAUAUAAUAAAAUAUUUAAAAACAUCGAAUAAUAAUUAUAAAUUAUUAUUUAUUUAUUUUAAUUGUUAAUUUUAAUAUUUCAUUUUUAAAAUAAAUAUUUAU